GAAGAGCGGAGACGACCGCUUCACCUUCCCAAUUGGAACCCUGCCUGCCUCUGACAGUCUGACUCGUGUGGGUCGGUCGAUCGCGUGCGACACGACAGCCUCCCAAAUAAACCAAGCUUUAGCAGGCGCCCGAACCAGCUAGUCCCUUGCGGAAAGCGCGCUCUCGAGAGAGAUUAGCUGAUUAGGUAACCAAUCUUCAACAAGAACCGGCGUUUUCGUAUAUAUCCCAGCCUUUUUGGCAUGCAUGGAUACCUUGGAUCUCAUCCCAACCGCUGCACAGGAAACAUAUCUCCGGGUGGGUGCACAGCCCGUCGUCCUCCAUGGCUGGAGCUCGGGUUGCUCUGGCGCUGUGCGGCGUCCUGCUGUUCGUCCACGGCGUGGCCCGGAGAGCCGAGGCGACCUCGUACAACGUCGGGAACAGCGCCGGGUGGGAUCUCAGCGCGGACUUGCCGUCGUGGGCCAACGGCAAAACCUUCUCCGUCGGCGACGUUCUAGUGUUCCAGUACUCCAGGUACCACACGCUGGCCGAGGUGGACGAGGCCGGGUUCAAGAACUGCAGCGCGGCGAGCGCGUUCCUGUCCCGGAGCGACGGCAACACGACGGUGCCGCUGACGGCGCCCGGCGACCGGUACUUCAUCUGCGACGAGCUGCACUGCCUCGGCGGGAUGAAGCUGCACGUGCUCGUCAACCAGCCGGCGGGAGGAGGAGGAGGAGGAGGAGGAGGAGGAGCUGCGGCGGGGGCCCCGCUGUCCCCGCCGCAGGCCGCCCUCGCGCCGAGCACCGACGACGAUGCGGGCGUCCCCAGGCUCUUCCUCGGCGGGUCCCACCGGACGACGGCGGGGCCGCUGCUGGUGACGUGGCUGCUCGCAGCUGCGGCUCUGCUUGUACUGUGAAGAAGAACCGCUGAUUUUGCGCGCUGUCUGUUUGCAGCUGCGACAGGAUUAACAAGAGUUCUUGCGAUCUCGCCGAGUUUGUACAUCGCUUCUUCCUCCCUCCCUCCCUUCUGCCUGUAUGAAUUUUUCUGAGCCAACGGCCAACGAACCGGAGCAUCAAAAUGGGGGUUUUUUCGCGAAAGGAAA